UUGCAUAACUUCAAGAAACAUUUCUGUCAACCUUUCGCAGAGAAGUUUGUCUUAUUAUACUUACUAUGAUCAUAUAUACGAAGUAAGACAAAAGUAGAAAAUCGUCUACUGUUCAUAUCAGAAAAUAUGAAGCAGGAAACGAAACCCGGCAUACACAUUACGCAUUCCCCCUCAAUCAUGAAUAAUAUCCUCAGAACUCUACUUGGUGAAACUCCCUUUUCGCAUCCCCUUGAGAGGACCUGCACGCAACACGCAAUGAAAUCCCAGAAAGUAAAACCUAUUGAAGUCUCAUUAAUAAUAAAAUGGCGAAGUAGGAAGGAUCAAUUGCGUUUAUGCACGGACGCACGAGUGUCCAGAGACAGACGGAAAAUGCACAUGCGCAUACUUCGUGAUCAGUCCGCUCGCGUUCAGUCAGUUGUGCGUGUCGUUACGAUUUAGUCAUUCACCAUGUACGAUCAUUCUCUCGAGUCCGCGAUAGACGGUUGGAACUAUAGCAUCCAGCUGAAUCGCUGGUUCCUAAAACCGGUUGGCGCGUGGCCUCUGACACUUUGCGAAACCACAACGGAGAAGAUCAGCUGCGUGAUCUUGUCGGUGAUCAGCUGCUUUCUAAUAUGUUUUCUGCUCGUCCCGUGCACUCUCGGCACCAUUCUAGUAGACACUGAUCUCGACAUGAAAAUCAGAAUGAUUGGUCCAAUCAGUUUCUUCCUGAUGGCCGUGGUAAAGCAAUACAUCCUCAUCGCCCGCGGCGAACGCAUCAGCGAAUGCAUCCGACACAUCCGCGCGGACUGGGAUCGAGUCAGGCUGGGUCACGAGAAGGACCGCGAAGUCAUGUUGGACAAUGCCAAAUUUGGCAGAUGGCUUUCUUUCGUCAGCGCGGCCUUCAUGUAUUCCGCUGGCUUCUUUUAUACCACGCUGAUGCCGCUUUGUGCAAAAAGAACGGAGAUAAUCGAUAACGAGACGGUGAGAUUACUGUCCUUCCCGAUCUACCGCGGCCUCCUCGAUCCACGGACCACUCCGUCCUUUGAGAUCGCUCAAUUCACGCAAACUCUAGCUGGUUACGCCAUUUACACGCUCACCAUCGGUGUCUGCAGCCUGGCCGCGGUAUUCGUCAUGCAUGCUUGCGGUCAGUUCCGGAUUCUCAUGCUAAAGAUGGAGAAUCUUGCGGACGGAAAAAAAAGAAAGAGCAUCAGCGGAAAGACGCCCGAGGAAAGGCUCAGCGACAUCGUGAAAUAUCACAUUAGAAUAUUAAGUUUUAUAACUCGCACCGAGGGAUUAUUAAAUGAGAUUUUCUUCGUGGAUGUAGUAGGAUGUACGCUCAAUAUAUGUUUUUUGGCAUUCAAUAUGAUGACGGAAUGGGAACAUCGUGAAACUUUAGGAACGAUGACAUUCUGCUCGUUACUCAUAUCCUUUACGUUCAAUAUAUUUAUUCUUUGCUAUAUUGGAGAACUCCUUGCCGAACAGUGUGCACAAAUUGCUACGAAGUCUUACAUGAUAAACUGGUAUUAUUUACCGGGUAAAAGUGCGCUCGAUGCAGAAAGUAAAGCACCAUAG